AAUUUUCACAACUUCACCGCAUCAAUACAUCGAUCAUUUCGGCACAAAUCUCAACUGGAAGCCCUCAAAUCUGAAGGCUAUCACCCCUCACCCUAACGCUUACGGCAGAAUGGACGUGCCAACACCCAUCACAGUGUUGCCAUCGUUUUCUCCCGGCAGCGGGACCCCGGCGGUCUGCCUCACUCAAGAUCUGCCCCAGGGAGUUGACGCAGAUAUUCUGCUGCUGAGUUGCCGAGAUCUUCGACACAUCCUGUACACGCUCUACGCUGAGCAAGGCUUUCCGGCACGCACUAUCGAUUUCACCGCCUGCGAUGCCGACGAAAAUGUCAUUGCGCGGAACAUCUUGCUCUUGACCCUCAUCCUGGAUGGGCUCAACGCAGUUUCACUCACUCAGCUCUGGAACGUCUACUAUCAUUUCUACCUCGACGAAACAGAUCUACAGCUUCUUGACGCUCAAGCAAGGAAGCUGGUUGGCUUAUCGCAGACCCUGCAGGACUGGCACGCAAGCACCUAUGGCACUACGGUGCGUUUUGGCGAUGAGUCGACCCUCUCUCUGACUCGUCGGGUAUGGGCCGAGUACGCGAAUGCUGCCCGUGGCCGAGCCACGGUUGGGUACAGGGCCCAAUUCGAGGCGGGCUUAAUGAGGUCAAGAAGGGCCGCAGAUGCGGAAAAGCAACAUCGGCCAAGUUUCACGCGAGCAACCACGCCUCUGUCUGAAGCGCUUUCGGACGAGCUUAAUGAAGCCAUCAAGCAGCACUGGGAAACGGGUUUGACAGGGCCUCUGCCUGCUUCAGGCACAACCUCGAUGGCUCCGAACCCCGUAUUUGCGGUGCCGCUACGAGGUUCCUCGCUUCUCAGAUUCCCAACUGAUGCUCUUCUGAGUUUCCAUCUGGCUGCCGCCGCUGCCAAGCUCACUUAUUUGUCUCCCCUUCGCCUCGAUGAACAAAGGGUCGAAAGCGCCGACAUCAAACUCAAGCUGUUCGAGCUGGCAAGACUACAGUUUAGCCAGUGGACAAAUGCCUUUCGGAUCGCGGCACCACGAACUACGGUUCGCUUCAUUGCAAGCAAUCCUUUUGCCCUCUGCUCCACGCUGUGGCACUGCUUUAAGAAGGGCGACACAUGCGCCAACAAGUUCCGACGGCAGCUCAGUUUUGACUUGCUGAGACUCGCAGAUUGCGAGUACGGUGCGAGUGGUAAAGCGCCCAAGCAGUUCGACGUCAUCGACACGUCGAGCCUCGCAGAUCAGACAGGGACAUUGAACCUGCUGGUUUCCGCUCGGCCCUUGCUGAAAGAUACGCCGCUCGCGACUCUCUACACCGAUGAGGUACGCGGCGCGGCUGAUGACCCAGGUCGGCCCAUUGGCCAGUUGAUCUGGCGGACUUAUAUGGUUCCUACGCUACUCGGCCUAGUGCCCGCCGAGUAUUGGACUAACGCCAAUGUAACAUCGUUCGCUACAAAGACUGCGAUAACAGCCGACUAUAACGCUAGGGAAACGACGGUCUCUUUUCCCUGUCUCGAUUCUCGUGCUGCCUGGAAGCUGGUCAAACACAUUCCGGGGUCGCCGCCGAAGACAGCCAAGCUAAUUGUUGCUAAGGAGUCGGACAUUGCAUUGUGGUUUUACUGCAUAUACAGCGGCGUGUUCGAGUCUCGACGUCCGGACACGCCAAAUUUGGACGACAUACCGGAACUACUGUGUUAUCAUCCAGGAAGCUUCGCUGCCUUGCUCAAAGCCGUUGGCGAACAUCUACAGCUGGAUCUUCAGCGAGUCAAAAUGGAUUUCGUGGAACACCUUGUGACAAGCCACAAGAAACCGGGGGGAGCCACUCACCCGAACACUCCCCGUAUCUUAGAAGUGUUCAGCUGGCUCUCUCCGAAACUUCCUAAGAAGGCGGAGAAACCGGUGACCUAUACCUGGAUUGAAGAUGACUACGAGCACCCGGAAUUUUACAACUGGCAUGACGUCCCACCGGUCCUUGCGGUGACCCUGGCUAUCCCCGCGGAUCGGUGGAAACGGAUGCUGCAGUCGGUACAAGACAAGGCUCUAUCUACUGAUAUCUUGAUCGAAGUUCAUGUGGCCAGGAAUCUUCCCACGGCUAGGGUAUAUUCAGACGUCCAGAUUUCCUUCGGCAAGAUUAUUGAACAGGGUUUCUCUUCCGCGGACAACUUCGCCUUGCUUGUAGAGGAGGAUAAAGAGGGCUGGAGCGGAUCAUCGGAGAUGAUCGUCUCUUUUGUUGUUGAGACAGUGGUCAUCGAAGACACCUAUAACUAUGCGGAUGUAAGUGUUUGCGUGGUCCGCACAGGAUCUAGCACCGCCCUGUUUCAAGAGCUGCUGGGUGAGGAUUGCACAAUUCACCGGGCAAGCUUCAAACCAAGAGCCGGUUAUGGGCGUGUUCUUUUCACUAAACAGCGACCCGGACAAAUUCCUCCGCCAAUCGCUUGGGACGAGCCGGAAGCUUCUCCGGAAGCUUCUCCGGACGCACCAGCUCCUGAGUUGGUUUUUUCCGCCGACUUCGACGAGGCCUCUGGACACCAUAUUACCACAAUUACAGGGCGCAUCAACAUCACAUCGGAGCAGGGAAAGAAGCUAUUGGCCGAUAAAGCCAAGAUUGAGCUGCAACAGUCAUCUCCGUUUACCAUUGAAGUUGUCUUUGGCCAGGGGAUUCUCACUCUGCCUCUCACGUUCCCAGUCCCGGUCGUCAAGGAGGGCAGCAAGACUCGCAUUGCUCGCAAGUCUUGUUACAUCGAGGUUGUCGCGCCGUUCGCGAGCCCUUUGGAGUCGCCGCCUAUUCUAGAUGACUUCUUGCUCCCGACAACCUUGGUCAAGCCCUCUUGCAUCCCGGUGACAAUCAACAUACCCCACCUUAACCUCGACAGUCUCCCAAUCCUGGACAUAGAUGAAAAGUCCCCUCUCGGCUUCAUUGGAACCGUCACUUCCCUCACCUUCACUCCGCGUGAGCGUCGGCUCCGCGAGGAGGCGUUCAUGGGAUCCUCCACAAGGCUGAGUUCCUCGGCCCGCCUCAACUUCAAGGAAUCUCUCUUUACGAUUUUCAUGAUCACCGCAGGUCUGCAAGGCGGCCAGACGGGCUUGAUCGCCUUGAAGCACCCGCAGCAAGGGGGCAUCCACAUGCUGCUGUUUGUGAGCGCGGUCCGACUCGAUGGGCCGCACGGCUCCGUCGUGCUGGACGCGGCCAUCCUUCCCUUGACAAAGGCCUUGAUUGAAUCGGGCGAGCUGGAGGUCUUCCUUUUGCUGCUCAACAGCCUCGAGUGCUGCACCCUCACCAUCAACGACGCCGAGCUGGCCCUCUGGAAGAAGGCGCUUCCCGCGCUGGCCGAGCGCUGCCGCACGUGGGUUCACGAUCCGGACACGUGCGAAUAUAAACGCCACGGCAGGGUCCCCGUUGGUCUGGGCAUGGGUGAGCAGGUCCUGUGUUCCUGCGGCCAGGGCAAAUUCCCACCCGACUUUAUCACACUCCCCGAGUGGGACACGGCGGCGAAAUAUGCCACGCGCGUGGCCAUCAGCCCCGUGUUUGCGUCUGACCUUGUGGGAGAGCUGGUCGAUGCUGAUUCAAUCAUAACGGGUCCGGCAGGUGCCGCGGCCCGGCUGAAAUCUUGUAGGAAUUGUGGCAAAAACGAGGGUGGGGAGACGGGUGUCAAGCUGAAGAGGUGCGCGCGCUGCUUGGAAGUUGUCUAUUGUUCUUCUGAAUGCCAGAAGAAGGACUGGAGGAAACAUCGAAUGGAGUGCAAGGAGAACGAAAUAUAUCAUCAGGAGUAAAGGGUGUGUGUCACAGCCCUGUUGCCACUUCUGGAACUGGGAUGGAUAUCUUCAUUCUCGAUGUUUGGCCAUGCCCAUAUCAUUGAUAUAACAGGGCCAUGGCAUACACUUUAGUUUGCGUGUAUUCCAAAAAAGAUGUACUGGGUCCAGCUAUUUAGGGUUGAAGAGAAGACCUUCUUGGGAACGGUCCUACCUGUAUCAGGCUAUUGACACAGCUUGGAAUUUGGAAUAAAAACAGAAUGAUCAGAUACUGCAACUCAGUCUAUGACUCCCGGAUUU